UUUUGAUCGCGUUUUUGUGUUGAUUACACCGGAGAUCUGGAGCCAUGACAGGCCCCCCGCUGGUCCCACAGCCCGCCUGCUGACGGUACCGGGCAGGAUGGGAGCAGGUCUGCCGCUUUCAGGAUCCCGAACCAGCCGAUUUAUCAAUGGAGGAGGAGAGUGACACCCGGAAAAUCAACAACAGCUUCCUACGCGACCACAACUAUGCAACCGAAGCUGACAUUAUCUCAACGGUGGAGUUUAACUCAUCGGGGGAGCUGUUGGCCACCGGGGAUAAAGGAGGCAGAGUGGUUGUCUUCCAGAGGGAGCAGGAGAGUAAGAGUCAGCCCCAACGCAGAGGGGAGUACAAUGUUUACAGCACAUUCCAGAGCCACGAACCCGAGUUCGACUACCUGAAGAGUUUGGAGAUUGAGGAGAAGAUCAACAAGAUCAAAUGGCUUCCUCAGCAGAACGCAGCAUACUUCCUGCUCUCCACCAACGACAAGACAGUGAAGCUGUGGAAGAUCAGUGAGAGGGACAAGCGUCCGGAGGGCUACAACCUGAAGGAUGAGGACGGACGGAUCCGAGACCCGUCGACCAUCACCUCGCUACGGGUGCCGGUGCUGCAGCCUAUGGAUUUGAUGGUUGAGGCAACAGCCAGACGUGUAUUCAGCAAUGCCCAUACCUACCACAUCAACUCCAUCUCUGUCAACUCCGACCUCCAGACCUUCAUCUCCACCGAUGACCUCCGGGUGAACCUGUGGAACCUGGAGAUCACCGACCGCAGCUUCAACAUCGUGGACAUCAAGCCAGCCAACAUGGAGGAGCUGACGGAAGUAAUCACCUCAGCAGAGUUUCAUCCCCAGCAGUGUCACACCUUUGCCUACAGUAGCAGCAAGGGCUCGAUACGCCUCUGUGACAUGAGACAGGCUGCACUCUGUGACAAGCAUUGCAAAUACUUUGAGGAGCCAGAAGAUCCAUCCACUCGCUCGUUUUUCUCUGAAAUCAUUUCAUCCAUCUCAGACGUGAAAUUCAGCCACAACGGACGCUACCUGAUGACAAGGGACUACCUCACUGUCAAGGUGUGGGACCUUCAAAUGGAGAACAAACCACUUGAGACAUACCAGGUUCAUGACUACUUACGAGGGAAACUUUGUUCUUUAUAUGAGAACGACUGCAUCUUUGACAAGUUUGAGUGUGUCUGGAACGGAUCAGACAGCGUCAUAAUGACCGGCUCCUACAACAACUUCUUCAGAAUGUUUGACCGGAACACCAAACGGGACGUCACACUGGAAGCGUCCAGAGAGAACAGCAAACCCAGAGCUAUUCUGAAGCCACGCAAGGUGUGUGUAGGUGGGAAACGGCGUAAAGAUGAGAUCAGCGUCGACAGCCUCGACUUCAGCAAGAAGAUCCUUCACACUACGUGGCACCCACAUGAGAACAUCAUCGCUGUAGCGGCCACCAACAACCUCUACAUCUUCCAAGACAAGGUCAACUAAAGCGCAGUCUGCCCCUGCCGACCCCCCGACCCCGCACACGUGAGGGGCUGCUGUCCUGAAUUCCCCCACUCUGCCGAGGAGGCGCAGAGUCGAGUAUCCAGUGACUGAAGCGGGGAAAGUGGACAGCAUGAAUUUUGGGAAGCGCAAAAAACGGAUACAACCCGAGGAAAAGGCUCCUUGAAAUCAAGAAUGGACUUUCAUUCUUAUAAUUUGACUUCUAAUUUAAUUUAUUUAGCCAUGCGGACACCUGAAGAAUCGAAAUCCCGUGCAUUUAUGCAACAAGGGGAUUGCUGCAUGAAUAAUAUGAUGUAGCAGCCCUCUGGACCCUGAAGAAAAGGGCGGGUGUGGGUACACUGAACAGAAAAUAGAGCACACAGACAGAAAAACCAAGCUUACAUGAUGGUGGCUCAUUGUCAUGUAGCAACAGUGCCCCCUCUCUUUCAAUCUGCUCAUGCUACAGUGCAUGUGAUCAACCCUGCCGCCUCCAGCUGAGGUGAAGUUCUGGACAAUGC